AUGUUCUCGCAGACCAUGCGCCUCGCCCUCGUCCGGCAGGCGGCCUCCCUUGGACGCCGGCCAGCCACGACCCGCCGGGCCUGGGCCGCAGUGGGAUCCCCUCGGCUUGCCAUCCAGCCGAGCUCCCCCAGCCGGAUGCACAUGGCCCCAAGCCCUUCAUCGAUUGGCGCCCGGCAGUUGAGCUCCUCUGCGCAGCCGAGCCCCCAGGCCCCGGCGAUCGAUCACGACAUGGAUACACCGGCCGACGUGCGGGGUGCCACCUCCGGGCCGCUUUUUGCCUUCGACCAGUUGGUCGCCUCGGGCCAGUCGGCGCCGGACCCCUCGCAGCGGGCUGCCUGCAUUGUGCUUCAGCGCGUGCACAACCAACUGAAUGCGUCGGUCGCUGCCGCGCCCGCGGCUGUUGCUCCGGCCCCGGCCCCGGCCCCGGCCGGCGGCUGGAUGGGCUCCCUUCGGUCGUCCCUCGGCCGGGUGGUGGGUCUUGGUGGCUCGGCCGCGCAGGCGCCCGCCCCGUCGACCAGCGGUGCCGGCGUCUACCUGUACGGUGGUGUCGGCACUGGCAAGACUCGCAUCAUGAACCUCCUCUUUGAUACGCAAGGACCCCACAUCCCCAAGCAGCGCAUCCACUUCCACGCCUUCAUGCUGGACGUGCAUGCACGUGUGCACCGUCUCCGGUCCGAGGAGCCGGCCACCGUGGACCCGCUGCAGGCAGUCGCCCGGCAGCUAGCCGGCCGCAUGCGUCUUCUCUGUCUCGAUGAGCUGCAGGUGACCGACAUUGCCGAUGCCAUGGUGGUCAAGAAUCUCUUCGAGACCAUGAUCAACAAUGGUGUCACGAUCAUCUUCACCUCCAACCGUCACCCGAGUGAACUCUACCUACGCGGCAUCAACCGCGAGCACUUCCUGCCCUUCAUUGACAUGGUCAUCGGCCGAUUUAAUGUCGUGCAGGUGGGCAAGACAGGCCUGGAUUACCGGAGUCUCGUUGCCUCCGGGGCUGUUCCCACACAGCAGGACGGCACCCCGGCGCCUGAGGCGCAGACAGCGCACCCGGCGGCCCCGGGCGCCGCCGAGCUGGAGCAGCUUCGCGCCCCGCUGUCCCGGGCGUAUGCCAGUCGUGAGCUAGAGCACCUCGCCGACCCGUACUUCGAGGGCUUCGACCGGGCCGCCGGCCUGGCUGAUGCUUUUGCCGCGGUGGCCGAGCGUGAUCUUGGGACUCUGAUGGCCGCCGGGCCGGUGGCCGCGGCCCUUGUGGACCCGGCCCGCCGGCCGGCUGUCCGUGCUGCCACGCGCAUUUCCAUCGGCGUCGGGCGCUGGCUCGAUGUUGAGGGGAUGGUUGUGUGGCCGGACCUGGCUGCCGACCUGGAGCAGUCCACCUCCAGCCUGGAUCAGACGCACGCGCGUCGGCACCCGGCCGUCCUGGUCGAUUACAAGACCCUCUGUGGCUCGGCGCGCGGAGCCGCCGAUUACAUUUCUCUUGCUCAGCGUUUCCGCCGGGUAUUCCUGACGAAUGUCCCCUCAUUGACCGUGGAGCAGAAGGAUGAGCUCCGACGCCUGAUCACCUUGAUUGACGUCCUCUACGAGACUGGGUCCCUCUUGGUGAUGCAUUCCCAGUGCCCGGUCGAGGCGAUCUACGUGGAUCAGGGCCCGCCCCCGACGGCUGCCGAGCUGGCCGCCGCCCAACAGGCCGCCCCUGGGUCUGGCCAUGAGGAGCGCUUUGCCUUUGCCCGGACGCACUCGCGUCUGACCGAAAUGCGCAGCUCUGCAUGGGCUCGGAGUGCCGCCCGUGAGUGGGCCCGCGAGGAUUGCGAUGCUCUGGCUGGCUCGAGCCAGCCAUCCCAGCUGAGGUGAUGGCCUGAACGAGCGAUCUCCCCGUCUCUCCUUGUGUUCCCGGGUCCCCCCCCCCCCCUGCCUCGGCUCCUCCCCCCAGGCGCUCUUGGCUGCCCGAAAAUAGACUACCAACAACCGGUUAAUGUGCC